GAAGAAGAGACGCGGCGGUUGAGUUCAAAAUUUUACGAAGAGAGAGAAAAAAACAAAAACAAAAAACAAGCCGUGAAUGGAGGGAAAUCAUAUUUAGGUUUAGUGCUCUGGGUUUUUCCUCAUACAUUGAACAUGGAGCAGUUGAAUUUGGGCUGUGAGGCAGUAAAGUCCUCAAGGAGAUUUUCUUCGAUUUUAAAAGCUUCUCGGACAUCUAUGAAAGAGGUUGGAGCUGAACAAGAAGAGCAGCAGGAGGAAGUUACCAAGCCUAUUGAGAAGAAGAGAAAUUCAAGGAGAGUGAGUUUUGCCACUACAAAUAAUGUUCGUGUCUUUUCUAAUGAUGCAAAGAGUGAAUCUCCUGUGCUGGCCUCCAUACAGAACACAACUGUCAGAGAUGGCAGACAAGAUCAAAAGAUUCUGCAUUUUGGUGAAGAAGGAAAUCACCAAAUCAAAGGCCUUGAAACUUUGUUAAACAAUCCUCUUUAUGUAUCCCAGCACCUGAAUAAGGAGAAUUUCUUCUCAGAUCCAUUGUUACAAGAUGACUGUGUGGAUAGAACAAUGUUGCUUGGAGAGGAUACUGGAUUCAUGGAUAUAACUCAUAGUCACACAAUCACAAUUGAUAAUGAUUAUGAAGUUGAUGAAGAGUCAAAGCCAGAUUUUGGCCUCAAAGUGGCUCAGACGCUCAGUAGGAAUCAGAAUAUUGCAAGUCAGAGUGGUUUGUCAUGUUCAGCAAAAGUCGUAACUAAAAAUGACACUAUGGACCCAGAUUUCAAUGCUUUUCUCACCAGUAUAUCGCAACCCAAUGUUAAAAAUAUUGUGCCCUCAUCUUCAAAAGUAGAGCUUGGAAAGGAUACUGGAGACAUGGAUAUAACUCAAAGUAACACAAUCAUAAUUGAUAGGGAUUUUGAAAUCUAUGACCAUCCAAACCUUGAAGUGGUUGGUGGGAAUCAGAAUGUUGCAAGUAAGACUUGGGUGUCAUGUGAAGCAAAAAUCGAGACAAAUUCUACUGUAGACUCAGACUUCAAUGCUUUUCUAGCCAGUAUAUCACUACCUGCUGAAAAAAAUAUUGCACCCCCAUCUUCAAAAAAAAGGCUUGGUGGUCUCUUCAGUUCAGUCAAUACAGGCUCAUCGGAAAUUGAUGAGGAGAAUCUCUUGCCUUUGUUUUUAGAAAAGCAAGUUCAACAUCUAGGUGGCAAGGGUAACCCACAACAACCACGGGGACUUCAACGUAGACGUUCCCGUGUUGCAUUUCUUGUUGAUGAUGAUAUGGAGGCAACCACAAGUCACACUGUUGUAAUUGAAAAAGAUAAACAUUUUGAUGUCAUUGAGCAUAAUAGCAACUGCGAAACAGUCAACAUCAAUGAUGAAGAAUUUCCUGAGAUGAGCAGUGAAGAGGACUUGUCAAGGAGUCUUGAAAGUUGGCCAGUAAAUAAGAAAGAUGAAUGUAGUAAAUCUUUGACUGAACCUAUAAAUGAUGAGACUUUUGAGGAUGUCUUUGAGUCAGACACGAACAAAAGCCAGGGUUUUAAAAGGUCGUACAAAGAGGAAGGCUAUGUUACAGAAGAACCAACCAAGAAAGCCUACAUCUCUGAAAUGGGGCUUGCCUGUCAUGAAGCUGCCGUACAGUGGGAAGGUAAUUUUCCAAGUCAUUCCACACAGAAUCACAAAGCAAAGACAAUAGAAGAAACAGGAGUUUUUGAAUCCACUUUCAGAAAUUCCCAGUGUGACUCUCACUUAGAUGGGACAAUGAAUCAUGAAUUUGAUUUCAACAAGAAACUUGAGGAUGGAAGCAUCACAGUAAAUGAGUUCCUAAGCCACUUUGGUAUCAACUUUGUCAUCCAUAGAUCUAGACCAAGUGCUCUGCCUGAGAGUUUCAGAGCUGGAGAGACUCUUACCAUGGAAGAUUUGCUCAAAGAGAGAUACAUACAUCACCCCAAGCAGAGAGUGUAUGAGCAAGACUGCAAGAACCUUACAGAUACAGUGGAGAAACUUAAAGAACAAAUGCCUGAACAAGAAAAAUCCCUGAGAUAUAUCAAUGGAGCUCUUCAGCAAGAGAUAUGUACGCUCUCUAAAGUGCAGUUAAAAAGAUUUGGCUCCAAGUUGAAAGAGCGACGAGUUUACUUUGGAAAGAGGAGUAAAGCACUUUCUCAUGAAAUGAAAGGAGUCUUGUACUCCGAGCUCAUUAAAACAACACAGGAUGCAAAACAGAGCCUGAUAUCUAAAAUCAAGGAGACGGAUGAAAUGAUGGCGGAGUUGGACGGAUGCAUUAAUGACUUGGAGACUGCUGUAGAAGCAGUGAUAAUGGGAGACCAUCAUAACACCCCCCAAUCCAGACCAGCCUUGAAAGCAAAGGAAGAGGGUUUACAGAGCCUUCAUUCAGCUGUCACUGAGAAGGAAAGGGAAAUUGCUAAGCUGGAAAUUCAGUUGAAAACUUUGGAGGGCCAACAGCAUAAGCUGCGAGAGGAAACCAGAGGCCUUAAAAGUAAUCUCACAACAUUGAACAGUUUGAAUGAGUGGCGUCUGCAUGAGUCAGAUGAAAGUGGGGCUUUGUUUACCUUCCUUCAUAACACUGUACAUCUGCAGGUGAAACUGCAAACACCUGCUGGAAAGGAAUGGAUGACCGAGGAUGUGGUGCGAAAAAUAGACAUAUCCUUCCAGUUGCAGUUGGAUGUGGACAAGUCUGAGUGUCAUGCAAGCAUGGUUCACAAGUUACUUGCACUGCACCAUCGGUCUCAAACUCAGUGGGCGCAGAGGUACCCUACUACACGACAUAUACCAGAGCUGCUCCAUGACCUCAGUUUGGCGGUGGGUCGUCUGAGGCUCUUGGGUGAGGAGAUCCAUCGGCUAAAGAAGUGUGGAGGAUUGAAGCUUCGCAUUCUGAGGAUCAACUGUGUGGACACGCAAGUUCACAUUAUCUUUUCAAGUGUGAAAGCAUUCGAAAAGUUUGAGUUAAUCCUAAGGAUUACCCCAGACUAUCCCUUUGGACCACUUGAAAUACAGGAUUUCAGCAGUCAUGUCGGAAAUACAAGGUUCAAUCAGAUCAAAGACAUUAUAUCAUCAGUCAAACCAGCCAACAACUAUCUAACAAAAGUUCUGAAGAAGAUAUACGACGACCUCCUAAGUUAAGAUCUCAGGCCAUCUUAUUUUACUCUCUUUCUCUCUCUCUCUACCUCUCUGUGUUUUCCAUAUCUGGAAAUAUUGAUAUUUGUAUGAUGAAAAAAAUAAAUAAAAAAACAUUAAUACAAACCACAGAAAGUUUGCCGUUCCUUAUAGACUGCUUACAGCAAAACAAUUUAGGACUUGUGUGCUAUAUUCCAAGUCCUCUGAAGCCAUAUUACAGCUUUGUGUGACAGACAGACCGAAAUUAAGAUUAUUAUUCACUGUAAACCUCUACAUUUGCCUUGGGUCUCCUUGUUACAUUAAUGAAAGAAGUGGUGGUGUCUGAUUUGCAGGCGUAUUGUUCUGUUGUCUUUUUUUUUUUAAUUAUUAUUAUUUAUUUAUUUUUAUAAAUUGAAUGUUGUUGAUAAAUUGUUGAUCUUGUUCACAAAACUGGUCUGAAUGAUUCAUUCACAAAUCUGACAGAUCCGUUCAACUCACUGAUUCAAUCAUCCGGUCACAGUGGUUUUCUAGUUAAGAGCUCACUGGAGAGAAAGAUUUUUAUAAAGUUAAAAUACUUACAUUUCAGUUUGUUCCCCACAGCGCAUGUCAUAUGAUCUUUUAUUGUGCGUUUGUGUCAUUUAUGAAGCUUGAAAGGCCAGUGCAUUAUUCAAAAUUUCUCUUUUGGUCUUCCAUGAUAGAAAAGAAGCCAUAUGGGAUUGGAGUGGCAUGAGGAUGAUUGAAUGAUGACUCAGUUUUCAGUUUUUGAUGAAGACUUGUAGUUUUUGUAAAACCUUUCAGUUUCUGUGUUGUUGUUUGAUUUUAGUGCUGCAUGACAUAUUGUAUUAUACUGUUGUUUUUGACUAUUAAAUAUGA